CGACUAAAUAAAUAAAUAAAUAGUUAGCAAUUAUUUGAAGCAUUUAUUUUGAUUUAUAAAUAUGAUGAAUAAUUAAUAUGCUUUUCCAUCUAUCAAAAAAUAAGACGAUGAUAAUUUUAUUAAUUAUUGUAGAAUACUAAAUGACCUGAGCUUUUCUUAGAAGAUGGCUCAGAUGCUUUGUAUUUAAACACUUGAUAAUAAAAUCAAAUCUAAAGCUAGGCCAUCUAUAGAUAUAGAGAAUUUUACUUUGAUAAAAGAAGAGGAUUAAAAUUUAAUACUGAAUGAUCUAAAAUAAAGAGAUAUAAUCCCAAUUAAAUGCACAAGUAAUGGGAGCAAAUCUUACAUUAUAAAGUGCGUACAAGCUCACAAAAGAUUUGUGAUGAAGGUUUAUCCGCUAAAAGAAAUAGCUCAUUAAAUAAAUCAAAUAGAAAGAAGAAUUAACCUAUUACAGUCUAUAAAUAGCAGCUUUUUGGUGCAAAUUUAUGAUUAUUUUCAAUCCGAUUACUAUCUUUAUAUAAAAAUGGAAGAAUGUUUAGGGAAUUUAGAAGACUUAAUGAAUAUGGAAAAUUAGUAAGAAUUGAAUGUUAAUUCUUUUUUGAAGUAUUCUUUAGAAAUAGCAUAUGGGAUUAGGGAUUUGCAUAAUAAUGGGAUGUAUGCUAUUAAUUUAAAUCCUAAGAAUAUUUUAAUUAGCCACCGCAACAUUGCUAAACUUAGCAAGAUAGAUCUAUUAGAUGAAAUAGUAAAUGAUGAUCAAUAUAUAGAAUAAAUCCAUGAUUUAAACAGUUAUGCUAUUUUUCAUCCACCUGAAAUAUUUAAAAGAAGUCUGAUGAUGUAAGAUUCAAAUCACAGCCUAAAAUCAGCAUCAACUAAUGAGAAUAAUAAGAACUAAUAAAAAAAAUGCGAUAUUUGGUAUAGAAAACAUUUUAUAGAGCAUAAGCAUUAAGAAAAUGAGUAAAAGCAAUAGAAAGAAAAAGAAUAGAAUAAUGGGAAAAGGCCACACCAGUACUAGCAAAGCUUCUUAUAGUUCAGACAAUUAGGAGAAACUUAUGAUGAUUUGUCAUAUAUGAGCAAAGGAGAGCAAAUCUAACAGAAAAUCGAAGAUUCUAAAGAAUAAAAAUUACUUCUUACUAAAAAAAAAAACAUAAAUAAAAAUUUAUAUUCUCUAGGCACAGUCUUUAUGUACAUGCUAGGUAUUGAAAAAUAAAAGUUAAUUAGAAAGAUAGAAGGAAGUGUAGUGGAGGAUUUGGUAUACCCUUUAUUAGGAAAUUCUGAUUGUGCAAAGCAAUUAAUUUAUGUGUGCCAAAAUCUUUCAAAAAUAAAUCCUUAAUCAAGAUUAAGUAUUGAUGAAGCGAUAGAUAUAUUAGAAGAAAUUCCAUUUUAAAUAAGUUAACAAUUUUUAAAAUAGAUUAUUAUUCCCAAAACUUAUUCUAAUAUAAAUUGUAUUGAGUUUAUAAAAGAAGAUGUUAUAGAACAGUUAGACGGAAAUAUUUUUUACUUAGACUCAUACUAAAAAUCAAAGCAAGAUGAUUUCCUGUACCAAACUUUGAAAUAGCUUGAAAUUAUUAAGAAAAACAUAGACAAAGUGACUGAUUCCACCACAAAUUCUAGUUAAAGAGUAGUAAACACUUAAAAGGGAAGCAUAGAUAAAGGUAAGCAGAUUGAUGUACAAGAGCAGGCCAAAAAAAAAUUAAAAGAAGAAUGCUUGUAAAAUUGCAAUAAAAUACUUAAAGAGAUAUCUUCAAAUGUUCAAGCUAGUUAAGAUUUACAAUAUUGGAAGUCAUAUGAAGACAUAUAAGUAAAUUUUUAGGGAAAAAGAUGAUUUAAGUUUAUCAAACCCUUUUUUAGAUAAAAGUAAUCUAUAAAAUCAUCUAGAGUAUUUGCUAUCAUACUUGACGAC